AUGUCACCACUGGCAGCCGUCUCCAUUUCCAGCAACUACUCGCCCCAAAGCUACUUAAGAUCGUCUUCGCAUCCACACUAUUCAAUCGUCUUCUUCGACCUUGAGACGACAGGACUGACGCCUGACUGUGAGAUUAUGCAGAUAGCAGCGAAAUGUGGAGGGAAAAUGUAUCGAACCUACAUCCUCCCCACCAACCCCAUUCCACAGAUUGUAAAGAACAUCACAGGAAUUACUGUUAUCAACAAUAAAAUGUUUGCUCGUGGACGACCGGUGACUGGAGUUACCAGAGUCGUUGCAGUACGCACUUUUAUCAAAUUUCUGAGAUCUUUCGGGGAAAAAGUCAUUCUAGUCGCCCAGAAUGGUUUCAAAUUCGAUGGGCCAUUGUUAUGUGGCAUUUUGAACCGAGAAAAGAUGAUGGCACAAUUCCAGGACAUUGUGAUUGGCUUCUCGGAUCCUUUACCGUUAUUCAGACAUCAUUUGCCAGGUCGACGUGAGUGUGGAAAAACAUAUGGAUUGGUUUCAUUGGCUAAUGACUACUUGGGAGGUUCUUCUGGGGCGCACGAUGCCAUGAAUGACGUUGUGAUGUUGGAGAAGUUGAUUUUAAAUGAGAUCAUUCCGACCAAUGUUGAUCAUCUGGUUUUGUCUCAUAAAACAGUUGGUUGUAUGGCUGAUGUAUUCAACAGAAAUUUAAUGCAUUAUCAUGAUUCUCCAAAAACCUGGGAUGCAUGGAAAUAGGAAGAUGUGCGAUGUCAUUGGCGGGAGUUGGCUCGACUAGCAUUGAAGUAUUUACUAUUUUUUUGGAAACAUUUGAGAAUCGAAAAAAUGGCAUGAUGAAUAAUGAUCGAUAUUACCCUUAUCGUUUGCGAUUAUAAGAACUCUCAAUAAUGCAUCAUAAUUAGUUUUUUUAAGAUGAUAUGGUCUUUUCAAUGCAUG